AUGGAUAAACAACCCCACCAUCUUCCCUACCCAAACCCUUCCUUCCUUCAUGUUACUACUGCUUAAAUAGGUAAAUACUGUCACCCCUAACAAAUAUCUCUGCUUCCCAGUCCUCUCUCCACUUCUGCCUCUUGCACUUUUUCAUCUUUUGUUUGCUUGCUCUUCUCUUGGAUUCUUAUUCCUUUCUUCCUCUUUCUUCUAAUUAUAUAAUGUUUUGUCCACUUCCAUUACAUAUUAAUUAGAGAGAAAAAGGAAAUAAGAGGUAUCAGCACUAUGUGUCACAACCACCACUUCCCUUGUUUGUGUUGCCAUCCAAAUGACUACAUUCGAAUGUAUUUUUGGAUUAUUGAAUGCUUCUGCAUGGAGAUACAGGUUCAACAUCUGAUAGAGAGGUGCCUGCUCCUUCGCAUGAGUAGAGAUGACUGCAUUGAAGCUCUUGCAGAGCAUGCUAGCAUCCGCCCACUUAUCACUCUUACUGUGUGGAAGGAACUAUUCAAAGAGAACAGACAAUUCUUUCAAGAAUAUUUUGAUGCUGUUUCUCCAAGGCCUUUCAAUUUCAAUGGUAAGUCCAACCACAAAGAUCCCCACCAAAUGUUAUGCCGAAAACCCUUUUUCAGGCAACAUUGACCCUGCAUCAGCUCUACUUUUGAAGGCUUUGCACUAGAAAUUCAUCUGGCCGGGAUGUCAAAUUAAGUGAAAAUCUUGUCCCAGAAACCCAAAUAGUAAUUUGAUCUUUACACUUAAGGGAGUUUACCCACAUGCCCCCUCCCCCUUCUUCAAAGAAAUCUCUACAUUUCUAGAUAGUGAAAUAGUAUGAAACUUUUUAAGUUUCUCUUUGAGAGGCUCUAGAAUUCUAUUUUUCACCUCUCCCAAAGAGGGGGAGAGGGGAUAGAAAAGAAAAGAGUUUCAUUUGGUAUUAAAGUUGCUUAUUUCCUUAUUGUUUUCACUAUUGGGGUACUUGUUAGUAAUUGAACUUUGCAUGUGAUC